AUGAAUAGAAUACUGGUCCUUCAUGGUGUGGGAACCUCCGCAUCCAUGAUGCAGGACCAACUCGGCCCUAUUGCGAGGGAAUUAGGACCGUGCUUCGAGUUCGUCUAUCUCAACGGUGCCAUCGAGCGCACCCGGGGACCUGGCGUCAGCCCUUUCCAACCUGGUCCUUUCUACUCAUACACAAACGCAUACUCGCCGGCGGACAUCCGAGACGCCCUGGACGACCUGCAACACUUUAUCGAAACGAGCGGGCCCUUUGACGGCGUCCUCGGCUUCAGCCAGGGGGCCUCCAUCGCCGUGGCCUACCUGAUGGACCACCAACUGAGGCACCCGGAAGCGGCGCCCCCUUUCGAUUUCGCCGUGCUUUUUUCGUCGGUGGCGAGUUUUUCCCCCGACCCGGCCUCCCACGAGUCCAUCGUUGCGUCGCUGGUGGGCACCGAGGAGGGCCGGGCGGCGGUCGAGAACUUUCCGCGCGGCGACUUCUCGACCCUGCCGCCCAAGGCACGUAUCUACACCGAGCAUCUGGCGCUGGCGUACGCGGUGGGCCGCGAGAUCGGCGCGCUCACCCAUGACGACGACCUCGCCAUCUUCCGCAGCGGCGACCCCAACCAGGUCCCGCGUCUGCUGCACCCGCUCCUGACGCCACACCGCAUCCGCGUCCCCACCGUCCACGUUACCGGCAGGGCCGAUCUACCGGCCAUGCUCGAGCAGUCCCGCCUCGUGUGUGAGUUGUGCGACCAGUCCUCCGCCCGCGUCUAUAGACACGACGGCGGCCACAGCCUCCCCGUGAAGCCCAAGGACGUCAAGGCCGUCGUCGCGGCCAUCGACUGGGCCAUCUCCGAGGGCAUGCAUCGUCGGACGGUCUAUCGGGCUUUGAACAGGCUCUGA